CCACCACCACCAAAACGCCACAACCUUGGCACCCCAUCCGGCCCAAAGCCACCAACCACAAUGUCCCUCCCCUCCAUCCCGCACCUCGUCGACGCCCUCGCCGCCUUCGCAACCGCCAACCCCCUCCUGCUCUUCGUGCCCUGCAUCGCCGCGGUGCUGGCCCUGCCACCCCGGCCCUACGGCGUCGCCGUGUCGCUGUCGCAGUCAGGCUUCUUUGCUGCGGUUUGGCUGUGGCGGAGGAGUAGGGAGGAGUAGGUUUUUGGUGGGCGUGUUGGGUUAGGAUGGGUG